UCCCUUCUUUUCUUUUACCCAGUCACUCGUUUACCCUCGUUUACCUCACCUGUAACAGGGGAGUACCUUCCUCUUUGUCCCUCCCUUUUUUUCAAUUCCAUUCCUUUUAAAAACAUACAAAAUGCUCGUACCACGUCGAUAUCGCGGUCUCCUGAUCUUCGCCGUCGUAUUUGCCGUGGUGUUUAUCCAUUUUGUCCGUUCCUACGACUGGCAGAUCGUCUUUCCGGACGACUAUCACGAUCAUCACCCCCAUUUCCCCCCGCCGCCAGUUGAUCUCUUCUCGCAAAGACCUCCCUCGCUCGACUUCGUCCCCGGUCCUCCCCCACACCAACAACCCCCGAAUCACAGACAAUCCCACGAAGACGCGAAUCAAGUCGGUAUCAAAACGAGCGGUGACCAAAAUGCGGACCCCGGUGGUUCUGGCUCGCGUAAACAGCAACAAAAACAGGGAAACCAGGGGAAGCAGAAGCAGGGCGUGAGCAUGUUUCCGGUGAAACAGCCGCCACUCCAUUGGAAGAAAGUCCCGGAGUUGUUCCCCCUCGCGCCGGAGGAGCGGAUCAUGCUGCCGACGAGCGACCCGAAGUCGUUACCAAAACUACAAGCUGACUUCAAGAUUGAGUCGGCCGAGGAGAAGGAGAAGCGGUUGGAGAAGUUGGAUGAGAUUCGGAAGACAUUUGAGUAUGCAUGGAAUGGGUACAAGUCCUCCGCGAUGGGGAAGGAUGAGCUCAAGCCUUUGCGCGGUGGGUACAAGAAUACUUUCAAUGGCUGGGGAGCUACAGUGGUGGAUGCGCUGGAUACGCUUUGGGUGAUGGGUUUGGAGGAGGAGUUUGCUCUUGCGGUUGAGCAUGUCAAGAAUGUUGACUUUACAACGAGCGAGAGGUUAGAGAUCCCCGUCUUCGAGACGGUCAUUCGUUACAUGGGUGGAUUGUUGGGUGCAUAUGACAUCUCGGAUAAGAAGUAUCCCGUGCUUCUGGAAAAGGCUGUUCAGCUUGCGGAAAUUGUGAUGGGGGCUUUUGACACGCCCAAUCGCAUGCCAACUUUAUUUUAUAAGUGGACGCCAGACCAGGCAUCGAGAGUUCACCAUGCGAGCCGUCGAGCUGUUCUGGCGGAGAUUGGCUCGCUUUCGAUGGAGUUUACGCGACUUGCGCAGUUAACAAAGGAUGAUAAGUACUACGAUUCCAUUGCCCGUAUCACCAAUGAGCUGGAAAGGGUUCAAUCUUCCAGCAAGCUUCCCGGUUUGUGGCCUACCAAGCUGGACGCCACUGGAUGCGAAAAACCUAUAUCUUCAUCUGCUGUCGUGCGCGAUAUUCCGUCUCCAUCCAACUCAUCGUCAUCCCCCGUGCACACACUCAGUGUAAAGCCAGUUCCAACGGAUAUUGAGAGCUAUAAGAAUUAUUUCGGACGACGCGACGAGAGUGGCCUUGCGCAAGAUGCACAGCCUGCCAACUAUGAACAGCUGAUCAAGGAAAAUAACCCCGAAGCCCAUAUUAUUUCUGCAGACAGCGACUGCAAGGGUGCUCUGGUAACUCAGAACUCUUACAAGGAUGCUUUUGGCUUGGGGGCAGAGGCAGAUUCAACGUAUGAGUAUCUUCCCAAGGAAUAUAUGCUACUUGGUGGUCUGAACGAUCAAUACAAAUCCAUGUAUGAGAAAGCAAUGGACACAGCUCGCGAGCACCUUCUCUUCCGGCCCAUGGUAAAACAUGGCCGCGACAUCCGUUUCUUGGCCACUCUCGACCUGAGGAAGCCACUUGCAGAGCUGCAGCCGAACAAGGUACCCACUAGGUACGAAGCGACGCAUCUGACCUGCUAUGCUGGUGGCAUGUUUGCGAUGGGAUCCAAGUUGUUUGGCAUUGAAAAUGAUAUGGACAUUGCCGCUAAGCUGACAGACGGGUGUGUAUGGGCGUACGAAUCUACAUACACCGGUAUCAUGCCUGAAACCUUCCUGGUGGUACCCUGUAAGAAGGGUGAACCAUGCACAUGGGAUGAGAUCCGUUACAAGGAUGCCCUGGACCCUUGGCGAGAGGAACGUCUAGCUGCGAUGCAAAAGAUGAAGGAGCAGGUCACCGAAGCCAGAGAAUAUCAGGAGGACGCGGUCGAAGCUGAUAAGCCGGUUUCCACGCCUGAAAACAAUGCUAUUGUCUAUGAACGCGAUGGACUCAAGCGUAAUGUAUCACAGACCGCCGAAACGCCAGUACCAACAGCUCCCAGGGUAAAAGCCACACGUCGGAGUCUCCUUUCACCAUUACCUGGGGAUCCUGCUGCCGCGCUGGCUGAUGACUACGUCAAGGCCCGGAUCAGGGAAGAAAGACUGCCACCUGGGUUUGUCCGCAUGACUGACCGACGCUAUCUGUUGCGACCUGAGGCGAUUGAGUCCGUCUUCAUCAUGUACCGUCUCACUGGCGACAAUUACUGGCGUGAGAAGGGAUGGAGGAUGUUCGAGGGUAUCGCCAAGCAUACACGCACAAACUUUGCCCAUUCGGCCAUUGAGGAUGUCACUUCGAUGCAGCCGGUGUUCCAGGACUCAAUGGAGUCGUUCUGGCUUUCGGAGACGCUCAAGUACUUCUAUCUGCUUUUUAGCGAUCCGAGUGUCGUUAGUCUUGACGAAUAUGUCCUGUGAGUUGUCGUUAUUCCAAUUUGGGAGUCAUGUUGCUAACUGUUUCCAGAAACACGGAAGCUCACCCAUUGAAACGACCUACAUAAUUGCUCACAGCAGCUUUUUCGCGUACAUUAUUUUCUUUUGCUUUGCUUUCCGGUUCUUGUUGCAUAUACUUUUUGAUACCGAGUGCUGUUUCAUCCGUGUGUUUGUUAAUUACCAGCGUGUACGAAGUAUGAACCGUAAUGCCAAUCUACUUAAUACUACUAUAUAAUGAUUUACAGUAUCUUAUUAU